AUGGCAGCUCAUACAGUCACAUCGCACGUAUCUCUGGACUACGCGCUUGAAGAUCUAGGUCUGGAGCUGGUCGGUGAUGGAAAGAAUAUUGUACGCUGGUCUGCCACAAACCCACGGCAUCCCAGGAAUUGGAGUUCGCUCAGGAGGGCGUACGAUAUUACGAUAAUCAUAUUUCUAGAAUUCUACACAUAUCUGCUCGCUCAGGGUAUUGGGAGUGUCAUCUUCCCUCCCUAUUCGGAAUGUUUCGGCCGCAAACGAUUGUAUGUGGUGAGCACAGUAAUCUAUAGUGUCUUUUGCGCUAUCAUUGGUGCGGUCUCCCAUCCCGCCGCUGCAGCAGUUGGGCGUGUCAUCACCGGCUUUCUUUCCGCCGUUCCAAGUGUUGUCAUUGCUGGAAGUAUCGAAGAUUUAUUCUCUACCCGAGAGCGAAUUUGGCUCACUCUCCCGUAUAUGGCGGUCGCGGAUUUUGGCAUUGCGGCUGGCCCAGUGAUCAGCACUUACAUCACGGCUGCUUGGGGAUGGCAAUGGGUCUUUUAUGUGGCGGCGAUUGUGACUGGUAUUCUGGCCAUUCUACUGUGCACGAUCAGAGAAUCCCGACCAACUCUCCUGCUGGAUCGAGAAGUGGCGCAACUGCGCAAAGUAACAGGAAUCGAUCACCUGGAGGCCCUGAAUCCGGAUCGAGUUCUUGAUAUGGAUACAUUCAUGCGCAAUGUCGUUUUUCGUCCCGCUCAACUGCUCGUUUCGGAGCCUAUUAUCAUGGCGGUAUCGAUCGUCUGUGGCGUUUCCAGCGGCAUCAUUUAUCUGUUUACGGAUGUACUUCCUCCCGUCUAUAGAUCGUUCGGUUUAUCGACAACGACAGCUAGCCUUCCGUUCCUCGCUAUCGGCUUCGGCUUCAUACCGAAUAUCCUAACCCGCUUUCUAGAGUACCGCAUGGCCUCGAAACGCCAUGCGAGAGGCGAACCUGCUCUCCCAGAACAUAAGUUAGUGGGGUAUGUCAUUGCUGCUCCCGUCUUGAUGGGUGCACUGUGGUGGUUUGCGUGGACCAUCCCUCCAGCUGUCCAUGUCCAUUGGUUCGUCUCGGUUAUUCCCUUAUUCUUCAUUGGCUUUGCUAUCAAUGAGUUCGGUAUCGUCCUCGUGGGAUAUAUGGCGGACAGCUAUCUUUCAUUCUCGGCCAGUGGCUUUGCUGCCCUCUGUCUGGUUCGUUGCGUCCUCGCAGCCUCGUUCCCCUUGUUUACUGGGCAGAUGUUCGAUGCCUUAGGCCCGAAUGUUGGAGUCUCUGUCCUGGCAGUGGUUGCUACAGUCUUCUGUGCCAUUGCGCCUCUACUUAGGAUGUACGGCGAACGAUUGAGGAAGAAGAGCAAGUUUGCUUCAUACAGUCUAAAGAUUCACGCGGAAACUUCUGUGGAGAAGGCCAGUCCCUGA